GUGCACAUCGCCUUAACGCAGCGCGCGACUUCGACCGACAUUUUCCGGCGCUCCCCUCCCGUCCCCAUCACUCCCGAAACGUGUCGCUUCCGAACGGAUCUCUCCAGCCCAAAAGAUCUCAUAUUCUUUUGCUUUUAACCCGGACAGGAAACGUCAAAAGAAAAAAGGAAAUGGGAAAUUAGGAUUCAUAGUAAAUCUUCUGUUGGAAAUGCAAAGCGACCCGAACGGGAAAGAAAGGGACGGCAGGGAGCCACAGCCAACCCCCCUCCCCAUUUAUUUAUUCUUGUUCCUGUGGACGGUUAUGGGGAGCUGAAUGUUCUCCUCCUUCUUCCGCCGCAGACUCGCCCAUUUGGUGGCCCUGAAAUUCUCUCCUUAAAUUUCGCUGUCUGCAAGUGGAGAGUCCACUUCGUUCCCGGGGAAUAAGUAGAAUGAAUUGUAAUGGAGAAAGGGACGAGGGGCUUGAGAGUCACUCCUGACUUUGCUUGCGAUCGAGGAGAAAAAGAAAAGAAAUGAGGAAAGGAACGAGCGCGGAGGUUGAUUGAACUGAUGGGUACCCGGGGACUGUCUUUCUUGAAAGCCCAUCUGAAUUUGGUUGGUACAGGAUUGCUGAACCGGUUCCUGCAGGGAAACAUGCCCGGGGUCGUGACCUCUUUCUGGGUUUUGCUCUGCAACUUCCUGUUCUUCGUCUUUGGAUCAGUGGACAGAUGCUUCUCCAGAUUUCAAGCAGCCGAAAAAUCUGAGAAGAAUGAUGAAAGUUCCUGUUUCGCUGGUUCACAUGAAGAUGAUGGGACGGAUUCGGAGGGCAGAGAGAUUGAAAACAGAGGACACAAGGAAGACGUUAUUGGAAGCGAUGGAGGCGAAGAGGGCUCUGUUUUUGUGGAAACCGCGUCGAGCAAGUAUCAGUUCUGCACUGGGAGAGACAUCAGUGCAUUUGUGGAGCAACCAAAACUCGUGAGAUUCACUGUCCAAGAGGUGUUCGAGGGUUCAAGCGAUGAUUACACGAUCCAUGGUAAAGAUCUCGUUGCUGAGCUUUGUGUCGGCAAUGAGUUUGGUGAAGAGGAGACUGAAGCUCAAGAGCCAACAGAGGAUUCUCUUGAGAAAGAUGGCUCUGUUCAAAGCAUUGCAAUGGAUAAAGUCCUUGAUAACAGGGUAAGGGAACCAUUGAUGGAUCAUCAGCUUAGCGAAAAGGCAGAGAUUCUUGAAUCAGAAGAUGAGUUUUUGGAUGAUGAUGCUUUUCUUGGUGAAGAGGAAAUGAUUUUGGAUGAUCUCUCGUCUCAAGCUGAUCUAGAGUUAGAAUCGGUUUGCUCAGAUGAUGGAAUUGUUUUUGGGACUGAUUCAGCCAGUACUUUCCAUGCCCAUGAACAACAGCACCUGGAAAAUUGCACGGUCAAUGCUGGCGAUGAAAGAAUUCCAAGUUCCGAAGAAGAUGAAAUGCUCAGUGAAACUACAUUAGACCCCGAAGCGGCCUUCGUCGCAAAUCAAUCUAGUGAUAGUGAAUCGGAAUCUGAUGAUGACCUCAUAGACGUCCAGUUGCAGAAACUGAAUUUCUCCCACACAAAUAAGUCGUCCUGCAAAAAUUCGGUCGAGGACAAUCACAACAGGGAAAGUCUGGCGUCCGACGACAUGGAACUGAUGAUGGCUAAUUCAGAAAAUUCCCAGGAACUUGGGCAGUUUCAAGAGAAUUCGUCAGCAUUGGAUUCUGAUGAUAAUUGGGACUGGGAGCAUGAUGACAUAAUAGAGCAGCUGAAGAUGGAGCUUAAAAAUGUGAGGACCGGAGGACUUCCCACGAUCUUAGAAGAAUCUGAAACGGACUCUCCGAUGAUAGGGGGCGACGAUGAUCUCAAGCUGAAGCCGCUGAAGAUCGAUCAGAAGCUCGAGCACAAAGAUCUGCUUCAGGAGAUUCAGAAAGUGCACAAGAACUAUGCCGAGAAAAUGCGGAAACUGGACAUCUUGAACUACCAGACUCUACACGCUAUCGGGCUGCUCCAACUGAAGGAUCCGCUCAACUCAAACACAAACCGUAAAGCUCUCCUCUCGCAGAGCUGGACAAAUAGACUGAGGAGGCCCAAGAUCGACUCCGUGGCGGAGUCCAAGGUCGCAUUACACGGCGACCUCGAAAUGGUUUAUGUAGGACACGCCUGCCUCUCGUGGGAGAUUCUCCAGUGGCAGUACGGGAAGGCCCGGGAGAUGAGAGAGGUCGAUCAUGGAGGGUUCCGCCGUUACAAUCAAGUAGCCGGCGAGUUCCAACUGCUUCGAGUGCUUCUCCAGAGAUUUAUAGAAGACGAGCCAUUUCAAGGGCCGAGGAUCGAGUAUUACGUCAAGAACAGAUGCGUCCUGCGUGGCCUCCUCCAGGUGCCGGCCAUAAGAGACGACAGCUCCAGGGAGAACAAGGGAAAAGUGGCCGACGAGAAUGCCAUCUCAAUAGAGACGCUGGUAGAGACCAUCGAGGAAUCUAUGCGAGUUUUUUGGGACUUUAUCCGUGCCGAUAGAUACGAACUUGACGUAGGUUCAAAGCAAAGUCAGCUCGACCAACAAGACUCGGCAGAUUCGGUACUUAUGACGGCUCUCAGGACUCAACUCCAAAAGAAGGAAAGAAGGCUCAAGGACAUAGUGAGGAGCGGAAACUGCAUAGUGAAGAGGUUCCAGAAACCUCGGGACCGGCUGGAUCUCGCGAUUCUGUUCGCUCAGGUCGAACUGAGAUUGGUCUCGAGGGUUCUGAGCAUGCGGAAGGUCACGAGGGAUCAGUUAGCAUGGUGCCACAAUAAGUUGGACAGGAUCAACAUCAUUAGUAGGAAGGUAUACGUAGAGCCGUCUUUUUUGCUCUUCCCGUGUUGAGAGCGGAGGGGCCAGGUUUCCGCGGCGGAGUUUUUGCUCGCAAACGGCAACAUCUUACAGAAAACAGGAUUAGGAACAUAGGGUGAGACUGGAUUGCUGUGCUGCUGGUAGCUAUUUGGUUUCCCAUCAGGAUGUAUUUUGCAUGUUCCCUGGGGUGCGCACAUGCAUCUUUCUCACACACUCUUGUGUAAUAGUUGUGAUGUAUGUAGAUAUAAUAAGAUGCCAAACCCUAAUACAAAGCUGGAGGAGAAAGGGGAGUGCUGUUAUGAGAGACUAAUCCUUUUGUUCUCUGCAUUUUUGCGCCAUGGUCGAGUGGUCGUCUCGUGCCGUGUCUAGAACUUGUCAUCCGGGGCCGCCCCUCGAAUAUGAAAAGAUGGAAUAAGAAUGGAAGAAUCAGGAUGA